AUGGCCUUGGGCUCAGCUGAAUGUGUUCUGUCCUAUUCAGAGGAGUCAUUUGAGGACCACAUAUUGGCUGAGACAGAGCCUAGACUACAACGGAGCUCAAGGAGCUUGCCAGGGUGUCUGACCAGGGCCCCUCUGCUUCUGCUGCUGCUUCUCAUCUCUUCGGGCCUCUCUCUGCUCCUGAUAAUCACUCUGAUUCAAGUCUCCAAGAUACACCAAUCCCUGCAGAGAGGAAUGUGGGACCAUCAGGAGAAUGACCACCCAGUGGCUGUUUCUGCAGAGCGGAUACAGUCAGACCUGGAGGAGAUACGUGAGCAGCUGACGAGGAUGAAUGCCACCCUGGCUGGCCUGUGCCGUCCCUGCCCCUGGAAUUGGGAAUUCUUCCAAGGAAGCUGCUACUUCUUCUCCCAGACCCAGAACAUCUGGAAAGCUUCCAUCUCCGCCUGUCAGGACAUGAGGGCCCAGCUGGUGAUCAUCAACAGUGCUGAGGAGCAGCAAUUUCUGAAGUUCUGGGAUACCAGAAAUAAUAGGCCCGCCUGGAUCGGCCUCAGCGACCACCACAAUGAGGGAUCCUGGCUAUGGGUGGACAACACCCCCGUCAAUCUCAGCUUCUGGAAAGAAGGGGAACCCAACAACCACGGAGAGGAGGACUGCGUAGACUUCUACAGUGAUGGCUGGAAUGAUAACAGAUGCAAUAGAGAGAGCUUCUUCAUCUGCGAGAAGCCCUCGGGUCCCUGCCCAGUGACCUGA